CCAGUUCCAAGUCAAAAAAAAUCACUCGGAUGGAUGAACGGAAUUUGGAUGGUUUAACUUGUAGUCAAAAUGACGAUGGGCCCAUUGUGUACUCUUUUUGGACAGAAGACCGAGAAGACACACCACCCUUCACUGUGAGAAGAUGCUUUAACACAAGUGGUCAGUUAAGGUAAGGCAAGGUAAUAGAAGAAUGAAAGCAAAGCAAAGAUGCUACCCCUAAAGCUGGUACGCUCUCUGGUCUUAGGAGAAACCAUCAACAACCCUCCUCCUCUCCUUUCCCACCAUCACGAUCACCAUCACAAUGAUAUCAACACCAGCUACACCCACACCAACAGCGACAAUAAUACAGACACAACAAAAACAAGAGCCAAGACGAAGACGAAGACGAAGACGAAGACAAAGACCCCACUACUUCUGUUCUUGCCAAAUAAAGAACUUGUUACAGAUACAUACAGGCUAACCAAGAUUGCAAGAGACAUGGGCAUGGACUUAUAUCCAACACCAUCUCUUUCUCACAUUAUUUUCUCAUACCCAUCAUCAUGUACAUCACCAUCGACAUCGACAUCAACUCCAUGUACAUCAUCAGUAUCGUUAUCAUGGACAUCAACAUCAUCUUUGUUGCAUUUACCAAACAAUGCUAUUCCUUUACCAUUCCCUUCACUUUACACUUCUUCUUUAACCCAUCUUCGCUCAUUUGUUUCACUCUCAAAAGGGUUGUUCAAGCUUGUGUUUAUCAACUCAAAACACACCAAGAAAGUCAUGGGUGGAUAUGAAAGCGACAGUCUUUAUGAUAGUAACUGGGAUUGUUGUUCAUUUUCUUUGUUUUGGAGGUUGACUGGUGAUAGAAUUGAUUCCAUGGAUAAAUUUUCAAGGGCUUUAGCUGGUGUUGGAUGGACUCUUUUCAAGACUAAGGAAAAUAACACACCAAGUGAUGGAAUUGGAGGCAGCAAGAUGGUGUAUUUGUUUAGGAAAGUGGACUCAAAGCCUGUUUAUGUGGUGUCACGAGGAAAUGGCGGGGAGUGUAGGAUAAGGGAAUUGAGGUUGCCUGCUUUGGAUUUUAGAAAUACUCCUUUGAGGAUCUUGCAUUACAUACUUCUCAUGACUGAUGAUAUCUUCUACCUUUCAUAACUAGAUGGUGGACAGAGUGGAGAAAGAGGGAGCCUGCAAUGGAGUUAUAGAUAGCAUGAUGGGAUGGAGGCUAUUUGUUCAUAGGACUUUGAAGUACAACAACUAACAAAAUCUCCUUCUUUCUUAUUUUUAUGCCACAGUUUAUUACGAUGGAAAAAACUCCUGCACUUGACAGGAAAAGAGGAAGGAAUUGCCUUCUUAUUGUUAUUAUUAUUACCGUCAGAAACCAACUUCCCCGGUCCGAGCAGUUAAAAAUGGUGACUCGGGAUUUCCACUAGAAAAUCUUAGGUUCAAUACUCCCUCAUUACACCAUUUCAUGAUGCUUGUCGAUCAUGGAGGUCUAUGCUGGAUCAUUUGUUUCAUAAUAGACAUUUUUAGGUUUAGCAUGGUACAAAAAAUAUUGUUUUUUAAAGUAUUUAUUAUUUGGGAAUGUAUUGAUAUUUUUAAUUUUUAA